AUGGCGGGGGUGCACUCAUCCUCCAAGCCUUCAGAUGAGUUGACCACACCCCCUAAACCGUCCAUUCGCCUCCAGGAGAGGCGAGGCUCCAAUAUCUCACUACUAUUGGAUGUCAACAGCUUGGGUGUGGAGCUCGGGUGCUCCGUGUCCACGCCCAAAGAGGUGUGGCUUCAGCUGCUUCACACCUCCUCUCGGCUGCUCACGCAUUCGCUCCUUCAUCAGGCUGCUGCCAAUGCCGAUGAGAUCGAUGCCGAGUACCAGAGCAUUCCGCCAAACUUUGUGAGUGCGUCGGACCUCGACAUUCCUGGACAUGCAAUCAAGGACAGAUACAAAAGCAUCCUUCCCAACCCUGAGAGCCGUGUCAUUCUGAAAUGUGUGGAAGAAGAGGCCAGCCCUGACCGUUAUAUCAAUGCCAACUACAUCCGGGGUUACCAUGGUAUUCCAAAGGCCUACAUCGCUACCCAAGGGCCAAUGGUGCACACGGUGGGGGACUUCUGGGACAUGGUAUGGCAGGAGAGGAGUCACAUUAUCGUCAUGAUAACCAGGCUAAAGGAGACCAACGAGAAGUGUGAGAGAUACUGGCCACGACCUAUUGACCGCAGGAGAAGUGAGGGGGAGCCGGAAAGUGCGACCAGUCAGUUUGGGCGAUUCCAUCUGCGGGUCACAGACAGUCGAGAUAAAGACGGUUUCACCGUCACUGACAUGGAGAUACAGAAAGUGUUUGGACAGGAGCGCCGGCUUAUCAGACACUACUGGUUCACGUCAUGGCCUGACCACUACGUCCCACAAUGCGCUGCUCCACUGCUUCGACUGGUGGAAGAAGUAGAGUUGUACAGCAGGUCCGUCCAAGCGGCCAGCUCUCAGCCAAUUAAGGGCCCCUUUAUCCAGCCUGGUCCAAUCAUUGUCCACUGCAGUGCCGGCAUCGGUAGAACGGGUUGCUUCAUUGCUAGCAGUAUCGGUUGUCAACAACUGCGUCAAACAGGUUGCGUGGACAUUUUGGAGCUUGUGUGUCAGCUUCGACUAGACAGGGGUGGGAUGAUCCAAACAUCAGAGCAGUACCAGUUUCUCUACAACACUCUGGCCCAGUUUAGCUCCCAGCUGCUUCACAAGCAGAAGCAAAAGCAAGGAAAUGAGAACCCAGAAGAGCAGGUGAGUGAACAGAUGAAGAAGCUUCAACUGUGGCAGACAGAACUAGCAGAUGGCGGGUCACACGAAGAACCUAAGUCCAGAGGAGGUGAUGGUAGUGAUCAUACAGAAGGUGUAGAAGGAGCCAGUAGAACACGCAGGUAG